AUGGAGAGAGAUAUGGUAGAAUACAAUACAGGAGCUCUCGCCGCCUCGACUCCUCCCAUUGCCUCCCGAAUCUUUCAAGCCAUGAAGCGCCAAAUGUACGGAACUGCUCCUUCUCGCAAAUCCAUUUCUCCGACAAGCCGGAUUUCUGGUUCCGCUUCAGACCCAGGUUCUCUCUCUCCCCCCCCCCCCAAACCCAAAAUUUACGGGGGCCUUCGUAUUUCCAGAGAACCAGAUUGCACAUACAUCUCGACCAAGGAUGGGAUUAGGGUUUAUGCGCGGAAGAAAAGGCCGAAACAGCAACCUCUGGAGCCUGUAGUGAAAGAGUCCGGCGAACAAAUUCAUGCCCAGAAAGAGAUGUGUGGGUUACCUGACAUAGAAGAGUUUGCUUACAAAAAGACCAACGGAUCUGUCUCAUCUGGGAAGUUAAAGCCUAACCCAGAUAUAGAAUCGAUGAGAAGUACCACCAACAAGUCCUCGAUCAGAACAGCCGGUCAACCACCUGAUAACUGGGAAAAAGUGCUUGAGGGUAUUUGCAAGAUGAGAUCUUCUGAAGACGCACCCGUUGACUCUGUGGGAUGUGAGAAAGCUGGAAGCUUUCUGCCACCAAAGGAAAGAAGAUUUGCGGUGCUAAUUUCAUCACUUCUUUCAAGUCAAACUAAAGAUCAAGUAAACAAUGGGGCGAUACAACGUCUUCAUCAAAAUGGCCUUCUCACACCUGAUGCCAUUGACAAAGCUGAUGAAUCUGUGCUCAAAGAUUUGAUCUACCCGGUAGGAUUCUAUACUAGGAAGGCUAGUAAUAUGAAGAAAGUAGCAAAAAUUUGUCUCACGAAAUAUGACGGAGACAUUCCAAGCUCUUUGGAGGAAUUACUUGCGCUUCCAGGAAUAGGCCCCAAAAUGGCUCAUCUGGUUUUGCACAUAGCAUGGAACGAUGUCCAAGGGAUAUGCGUAGAUACGCAUGUGCAUCGCAUUUGUAACCGGCUUGGAUGGGUGUGUCGAACAGGAACUAAUCAGAAAACUCUGUCUCCGGAAGAAACAAGGGUAGCUCUCCAACAAUGGCUGCCAAAGGAAGAAUGGGUUGCCAUCAACCCGCUCUUAGUGGGUUUCGGACAAACGAUCUGCACUCCACUCAGACCAAAGUGUAGAAGUUGCAGCGUCAACGAGUUGUGUCCGAAUGCAUUCAAGGAGACUCCGACCUGCCCUUCAUCCAAACCGAAGAAAUCUAAUCAGAGCAAGAAAAUUUGAUCCAAAUCAGAUUCUUGAUUCUCUUUCUUGAUUUGUAAAAAGGCAUUUCCGUGUUUUAAAAAAGGCUUGCGUUCAAGAAACUGUACAGCUGUUAUGGGAAUGAGCAAGAACACAGCUUGUGUUUUUAGUCUCACUGGAUUGUUGUUGGUAUUUUAAAAAAUGUCUAAUUUCACGAAAUUAUUAUAGAUUAUUGUUUAUA